UUCCCUAUGCCACUGUCAGCCUCUGUAAAAAUCUUUUGUCUGCUUUUUAGUUCCUUUUGUUGGGCCACAUCCCCCCCUUUUCAAUUUCCCCUAUACCACUACCAAACACAAAGAAGUUUUUUGUCUGUUUCUUAUUUUCCACCGCUUCUACCCCUUCAUUAACCCUCCCCGCUUCUUCCUUCCCUUCUUUAAAUUCCUGGUUCUCUGAGUUCAGAAUUAUGUUUAGGCUUGAUUUUAAUUAUUUAUGCAUAUUUUUAUAAUUUCAUGUAGUUCUUCAAAUUCCCACCUCUCCAUAAAGUCCAGUUUCAAAGUUAUAGUUAAUUAUACAGUUCUUAUUUCAUAGUUCUGGUCCACCUUAAAUUUAUCUAAUUCAGCUGCUGUGUAGAACAGCGACGGGGGCCAUCUUGGUCUUUUAUUCUUCUUUAAUGUCCAAUUCCAAAAUUGCAGUUAGUUAUACAGUUCUUAUUUCAAAAUUCUGGUCCACCUUAAAUUUAGCUAAUGUGAGAAUGGAGGAGAAGCUAGAGCUAUCUUGAUCUUUUGCAAAGAUUUCACAGUUCUUGAUUUUAUUUUAUUUUUUUUCCCUUGCUACCUUCCGCCUCUUGUUGGUUAUGGUUGCUCAAAACAUAUUAAUUGGAACAAACUUGCAUACAACUAAACUCAGGUAUGUUUCUCUUCAUCUCCUGCUUUUCCAAAUUCUGAUUUAUGGCAGUUGGUUAAUUAAAUCUCCUGCACAGUCAAGAUUAGGUUAUCAGUUAUCAGUGAGAAAAUAGUGCUUUUUCUUUGAUUUUUCUUCCUUGUUGCAUUCCACCUCUCAUUGAUUGGAGUUGUUUAAGAUAGUCAGAAGAAAUUCGGACGAAGUAAAUCAUCUCAGAAUGUUUGGUUUCCACUUCAAAUCCAAAACUAAAUUUAGAGUUUGUAUUUGAGUGGGUUCGUCACUUCUCUGUUUUCUCCCUUUUUGUCCAAAUUGUUUCAAACAAAUGGCUUUUUUGUGGGGCUGUUUCAACCUCCAUUUUCCCUUUCUUUCUUUCCUUUUGCCAAAAUCCAGAUCUGGCUAUUAAUAUUGUUUGUACUCUCAAAAUUCUUUGCCUUUUCCAAGUUUUGAUUUAUGAUUGUGGUUAAAUGAAUCUUCUUAACAGUCUUUCAUCUUGACCUCACGCUCCUGUUCAGUUGCUUUGGCUGGAAGCCAGCUUCUUGUGCAGCCUGUUGUCAUGCUGUCACCCCUACUCUGAUUCAGAAGGCAAAUCUCCGACCUGCGAGGGACCUGUUGCCUCCCUCUGGGUCUUAUGAGACCCUGCCCCUUCUUCACCUCCCCACAGUGGGUGGUCUGAUCCAAAAAGGGAUCUCGGAAUUGGUUUGUCAGACAGAAUUCAUGUGAGACUCUUCAGAGCUCACACCUCCUCGUCUGUCCAACUUCCGGUUGAAUCCAUUUUAGUUUUUUUAUAUAUAUUUAAUUGAUCAAUACCAAGAGAUGCAAAUCAAAGUGGCAUAUAAAGAAAUAAUAGUUAAAGUUUUCAGUUCAAAUUUGAUCCAAAGUUUCAGGAAAAAGUUUUGCCUUUUGGAGGAGAAAUCACGAGAUUUCUGCUGUACUUAUUUUUGGAUUACAUUCAGGUGAAAAACAGAUUAAAAAUAUACAGGAACAAUCUCUGAUAUUUUAUAUCUUAUGGCUGUAUUUAUUUUCCUAUCUUAUUAGGGGUAUUCUGUAACAAUCCAGUGGUAGAACAUGGAAUAAUAAUAAGUGAACCUGAGAAGAAAUAUACAUAUGGAAGCAAAGUUAAAUUUCAGUGCGAAAUUGGGUAUUUCAUGAUUGGAAAUUAUUUGAUUCGAUGUGAAAAGAACAACAAUUGGGUUCCCAUAGUACCAUCGUGUAAAAAUAUUACUUCAGGCAUAUGUGGUUCUCCAUCGAUCCUCAAUGGCGACAUAGAGCCUUUGCAACCUCAGUAUGAAACUGGAAAAACAGUUGUCAUAACUUGCAAUCGGAACUAUUCUUUUAUUGAUGACACCAUAAUAAUGACUAUACAGUGUCAAGGUUAUAAUCUCUGGCAUCCUCCUGCACAAUUAUGUUUAUGUAACUUCAUCAAACUAGUUAUAUGUGGGUGUUCAUUACCUUUUUGGAUUUUGGCAGUCACAAUGUUUUACCGGAAAUAUAUAGAAGAAAGGUGAACAAGAGAACGUCAGAGAAGAAUGAAAAGGAAGUGCAGACACAGCACCAUAAUAGUGGCUUGGCUGCCUGGGGCAUGAGUACAUUUGUUCCAACAUGAGAAAA